GACAAUGAAAGUGAUCUAUUUAAUAGUUCUGGUAUUUGGUGGAUCAGUUUCCACCAAGGAUCUGAAACACCGUUCCGUGCGAUCGUGCGCGGACGUGAAAUCUUACGAAUCCGGUGUCUACACAAUUCAGCCAAAUGGAUUUGGGAAACCGUUUGAGGUUUAUUGCGACCAAGAGUAUCUUGGUGGUGGUUGGGCUGUCAUCCAGAAUCGUUUCAACGGUACAACCAAUUUCUAUCGUGAUUGGAACUCCUAUGUCAAUGGGUUUGGCGAUUGGCAUGGGGAGUUUUGGUCUGGACUCGAUAGGAUUCACGAGCUAACAUACUCCCAGAAAAAUGAACUGCAUGUGGUGCUGGAGGACUUCAAUGGCGUCAAGGCCGUGGCCAAGUACAGUGACUUCCUAGUGGCAGGUCCAUCGGAUAGCUAUCGGCUGAGAAGUGUAGGAACGUACUCCGGAACUGCUGGAGAUUCACUAAGCUUCUCGCUCAACGGCCCUUUCCAGACCUAUGAUAAGUUUUCAAACACAAAACUGUCUAUAGACUGUCCGGUAGUUUAUGAAGGUGCUUACUGGUAUGGCCUAAAUGGAUGUUUUAAAAGUCACUUGAAUGGAGUGUAUCUAAAGGGUGCUCAAGACUUCCACUGGAAGAUGAUGUGCUGGGAAGGAUUUAAAGGAUCUAAAUACUCGCUGAAGGCUUCACGAAUGAUGAUUCGUCCGAUUUAAAUAGGUCGCCCCUGCAAACCAUACCUACUAUCAAGCGCAAUACCCCUAAAUAUAUACAAUGAUAUUCAAUGUUUACGUGUUCAAUGAUUAGAACAUUGUCUAUUCAAUAUAUUUGAAUCAUUGUGUUCAAUAAUUGGGACAAAUGCAAUUUGGAGUAAAAAGUCUUAAGUGCUGAUUCUAAAACAUAUUUUCGCGAAAAAAUAUAUCUAUUUGAAGCUGAGAAACAAACUUAA